GUGGGAUUCUGUAUACAUGGAAAGAGCAAUGCUUGAUUUUCGAAAAUAUUAAGGCGAACAGACCUUAGCCGGCAGUACCCGAUAGGAAUAUCUAAGGGAGCCAAGACCUCGAAGUUUUGAGCCGAGAUGUCAAAUUCAGCUUUAUGACUAAUAAUUUUUAUAUAAAUAUACUAGCUACAUCUUCUACUUUCUGCGAUGGUAGAGGACAAAUUUAAGAUUGGCAGUCGUGUGGAAUGUGACGGUUAUCGAGGGACAUUAAAAUAUGUUGGACCGGUUGGUAAUACAAAAGGCCAAUGGUUUGGUAUUGAUUGGGAUGAUGUGACCCGUGGAAAACACAAUGGUACAUAUGAAAAUGUAGAAUAUUUUAAGGCAAGGCACCCUACAUCAGGCUCCUUUGUAAGACCUGGUAAAGUGAGGUUUGGAGUAACGUGUCCUGAAGCAAUUAAAUUGCGAUAUGGCUUAAUAGAUGACGAACUUGUAGGCAUCGAUAAGGAUAAUUUAGACUGUUUACAAAAGGAGAUUAAUGCUCCUUUCUUAGAAAUGGUCGGGUUUGCUAAAGUCAACAAGAAGCAAAGUAGAUUCGACCAAUUAAAGAUAGUCUGGUUACGUGAACAAGCACUAAGUGAUGCUGGAGAGCCAGGAGAAUUACAGGAAUUGUGUCCUAAUAUAGAAGAAAUUGAUCUGUCUAGAAAUUUAAUAAGUUCCUGGCAAGUUGUGGCUGACAUAUGUUGUCAACUUCACAGAUUAACUCAACUAGAUGUCAGUGAAAAUCAAUUACCCAUUGAAGAAAAUAUGGAAACAUUAAAGGAGGCCUUCUCGAGAGUGAAAAGCUUAACUAUGGCUAGAAUGAAUUAUACUUGGUCUGACAUACAGCAUUGUAUAGUCAUGUUUCCUUGUAUUAAACAACUCUCUGUAUCAUUCAACAUUGUUCAGUAUUUAGAGACACCAGAGGAACAUUCUAAUAUGUCCACAUUAGCCGAGCUCACGUUGGAAGGGAAUCUUCUUUCUAAUUGGGAUGAGAUUUUAAAAUUAGGUCACCUUCCAAGCUUGGAAUACCUGAACUUAAAUUCAAACAAAAUAAACAAGAUCCAUUUUCCGACUAAUAAUCCAACGGAAAAGACUAAUCUAUUUCCAGCAUUAAAGCAACUUCAUAUAUCGGGUAACAAUAUAUCUGAGUGGCAAUCAAUUAGUGAGUUAGAAAAGUUGGUGAGUCUUAAAGACCUGAAAUUUAGGGAAAAUCCUAUUUUAAAAAAUGAAAGUAUAGAAACAGGACGGCAAAUAAUAAUAGCUAAAAUAUCAAAUCUGAAAUCACUCAAUGGCACAGAAGUUAGUUGCGAAGAAAGGAGAGGUGCAGAAUAUGAUUAUUUAAAAUUAUUUGGUCCACAAUGGAUACAGUGUGAAAGUAAUCCUGAAGCAAGACAAGAAUUUAUAAAAAAUCAUCCUCGAUAUCCAGCACUAGUCGAAAAAUACGGAUCUCCUGAUAUCCCGGUAAUUAAAACUAAUUCAGGAUUGGUGUCAAACGUAAUAUUUGUUGAGUUUGUAUGCCCGGAUGACCCAACGCAAUCUAAGGGUAUAAAAAGGAAACUCCUCAAAGAUAUGGAACUACAAAAAGUUUGUGGUCUUGUACAACGCCUUUUUAAAACAGGCGGUAAAAUACCGAUUUUAACUUUUGUGCAACGCAAUCUCUCACCGAGUGAAAUACCUCUGGAUAAGCCACUGCAAAAAUUAAGUUAUUACUCAUUACAAGAUGGUGACCAAAUCAUGGUGCGGUGGUGAUAACUAAAUAUAAUUUAUAGAGAUAAAUGUAUUUUCUACACUGUUGAAACUUCGUUCUCGUACUUUGUUAUUAAACUUUUUUAAUUGCACACUAGCUUUUUCUGAAUUCUAUUGCAGAUAAACCAACUAAUAUAUAUGAGAUAAUAAAGUGGAUUUGUGAGAUGCA